AUGUCGAGUCCUGCGGAGGGGCCUGGUGAUAGAUCACGGCGGCGGCGCACAACACCAUCCCCUACUGUGACGUCAACGAACACCGACGACACUGCUAGUGGCACGGAGGAGAGUGUCAGCUCUGUGGUGCGGAACGAUGCUCAGCUGGCGGCUGUGCUGGGCGGCCUGCCGAGCUCAUCCAAGGAGCUGCUGCAGCGCAUCGAGCGUCAGAAGGAUGAGGUGCGGCUCUUGCAGGAGGAGAACACGCGGCUGCGCGCCCGCGAGGUGGAGGUGUCUGCGCUGACCCUGCGGCUGCAGCAGCAGUUCGCGGCAACGCAGUCGCAGGUGGACCGUCUCAAGUCGCAGAUCCGCACGGAGCUGAUGAACCCCGUGACGGAGGAGGAGUACCGCGCGAUUGACGCUCUGGAGGAGGGCAGGCGGGAUCUGCUCGACACGGUGAAGCUCGGCAUCUAUCAGCAGCUGGGCGCGAUGCGUGCGUCGAGGGAGACGGCGAUGCGGCGUGCGACGGAGCUGGCCACCGACACGACGCGCCUCACGCGGGAGAAGGCGGAGCUGCAGCAGCGGCUGAAGGAGCUGGAGGCGGUCGUUGAGGCGGAGCGGCAGUCCUUCCGCCGCCAGCUGCAGGAGGCGGAGCAGCGUGGUAGCGCAGUGGUGGAGCUGGAGGGGAGGCUGCGUGACGCGGAGUCGAGGGUGAAGAACGCUUACAUUGACCAGGAGCACUUCCUCACUGCGAAGCUGAACGCCUCCGUGAAGACGGAGGAGGCGACGCGGCUUGCGGUGCGGUUGCGCGAGGCGGAGAUGGACGUAGAGCGGUACAAGACGAGUGCCGAGUGCUGCGAGCAGAAGCUCGACAUACUGAAGUCUGAGUACUACGAGCUGAAGCUGAAGAACAGCCAGCGCGUGAUGGAGCUCGAGGCGUGCCUGAAGGCCGCAGAGGAGAAGAUGAAGACGCUUUCGGAUCUCGAGCUGGAGUCGGAACUGUUCAUAUCCAACUUGGCGCAGCAGUCUGAUGGGCAGCUGUCGCUUGGAGGUGGUGGUGUCGGUGGUGACGCUGCUGCGGCGCCCUCCUCUGUGAACGCGCUGAGCAGCUAUGAGAGCUGGCUCGCCUUGCCGAGGUCGCGCAAGCUGGCACACACGCUGACGGUGACCAAGCGGUGCCUGCAGCUGGAGAACCGCCUCACCGCGCUACAGCACGACGUAGAGUUCAAGGACAAACAGAUUGCACGACUGCAGGCUUCUCUGGAGAUGGCGCGUGAGGCCCUCAACAACACGAGUAGCCCCUUCGCCAUGGUGGAGCGCACUGUGGAACGGCUUACGAAUGAGAACGAGGACCUCCACGCGAGGGUGGUGACGUUGACGGAGGAUAACUCAGUACUACGGCAGCGGUUAGAGCAGCGCACUGCCGAUGUGCAGGUGCUGUGCCGGCACCGCAAGGAGCUCCUGCGCAUUAAACGCGUUCUUCGGCGGCUUGGACUGGAGGAGCAGGUGGGCGGGCAGCCUGCCACACCGGGGGCGCAGGGGCCUCCGCAGCAGCAGCAGCUAGAACGGGAGGUGCAGGAACAGCUGGAUUUCGGGUCGACUGGCGCGCGCCCCACCGCACUGAGGCGGGAUCCCCCACCCGAGCCGCACCGACAGUACCUUCGCUACCACGCUGACGAUUCCCUGCGGACUACCAGAGAGGUCGAGUCGGCAGCGGAGAGGCCACAGCGACAGAGGCAGCAAGACGAACGAAAAGAAUCACAGGAGGUUGAAGCCGCAUCAGGUGCGGCGGUUGUCCCGCAGGCCAUUCAGAUAACCAGCUGA